ACCUACCCAGAGCUUCCUCUGCUCCGAUGCUCCCUGGGGACCCACAGGUGCUGCUGCCCCCUCCAGGCCUGAGCUGGCCCAGGAGGCCAGUGACAGCCUCCCAGGGAGCUUGGCAUUUCCUGCUUCAAGAGCGACAGUCUGGUGCGGGCAGGGGUCAGUGGAGCUGGGGGAGCAGCUGCUGCAGGGAGGGCGACCUGCAUGCUGAGCGCGCUCCUGCGCCAUGGACCGCUGCCAGCCCAGCCUGGAACCCGCGGCCGUGGCCCCCGGAGCCUCGGGCCCGAGUGUGAUCGCGCCCGUGCGCGCCGUGCUCCGCCUGCGCCGCCGGGUGUGCGUCCUGCGCCAGCGGCGCCUCCUGCUGCCCGGCACAGGGCCCGACGCCGGGACCCGGGCGCCCAGGCUGGGAGGCAGCUCUGGGGCGUCGCGGGCGAACCUGGACCAGCCACAGUUCUUCACCUUCGAUGGCCCAGCCGAGCUGUCCUCGAGGACGCCGCGCAAGAGGCGCCGGCGCAGCCGCGUGGUGCUUUACCCGGAGACCUCACGCAAAUGCCGGCCGCGCGUGGAGCGCAGGAGCCGCGCGCAGCGCUGCCUGUUGCUGCUCGUGGCCAUCGUGGGCUUCCAGGUACUCAACGCCAUCGAGAACCUGGACGAUAAUGCACAGCGCUACGACCUCGACGGGCUGGAGAAGACACUGCAGCGCACCGUGUUUGGCCAGCCAGCUGCAGUGGGGCGCAUCGUGGCGCUGAUGCGAGACUACCUGGCCACGCACGUGCACAGUCGUCCGCUCCUCCUGGCGCUGCACGGGCCCAGCGGCGUGGGCAAGAGCCAUGUGGGCCGCCUGCUGGCACGCCACUUCCGUGCUGUGCUGGAGGACGGCGCGCUGGUGCUGCAGUACCACGCGCAGCACCACUGCCCCGAGCCCCGCGCCCCGCAGGACUGCCGCGAGGAGCUGGCGCGGCGCGUGGCUGACGUGGUGUCGCGGGCCGAGGCGGAGGAGAAGACCCCACUCUUGGUGCUGGACGAGGUGGAGCUCAUGCCACCGGCGCUGCUGGACGAGCUUCACAGCUUCCUGCAACCGCAGCGCUCCCACCACUUCCACAACGCCAUCUACGUGCUCCUCAGUGGCGCUGGUGGCGCCGAGAUCACGCACUUCGUGCUCCAGAACGCGUCCCGCGCGCUGUCCCUGCGCCCCGAGGGGGCCGGCGGGGCCCGGGCUGCGGAGGCACAGGCCGAAGAGGACCUGCGCACCAGCCUGCGAGCGCUCUUGGCACGCGAGCACCCGCUGUGGCAGGCCGCGGCCAUCGUGCCCUUCCUGCUGCUGGACAAGCGGGACGUGGUCAGCUGCUUCCGCGACGAGAUGGCCGGCGAGGGCUUCUUUCCGGAGCAGGCCCGCGCCGAGCGCCUGGCCACGCAGCUCAGCUACUACCGGGUUGCCGGCCGUGAGUUUGCGGUCACUGGCUGCAAGCAGGUGGUGGCCAAGGUGAACCUCUUGUAGCCUAGGCACAGGCACUGUGGACCAGCCCGCGUGAGCGGACGUUUGGGUGGAUGGUGGGAGUAGGAGGGCGGUCGAGAACCCUGUGGGCUUGUCCCAGGCCCCCGGGUCCCCUAAUAAAUUCACAGUGGGAGCUAAGGAGGCUGGUGGGGGUGGGCCAGCCGUGCGCUCUCCAGUUCCACUCCCACACCCCUUCAGAGCCCUGCGUCUGUCCCUGGGGUCGUCAGGAGAGCUGCCACUUUCCCGUCCUUGACUUGGCCACGGUCCUCAGCAGCGGGUCCCAGACAUGGCCUGGCUGUUGUCGGGCAGCCCGGGGAGGUGGGCAGUCUGUUCCCAUGGUACGAGGAGAGUCUGGGGUACAGGCAGCUCCCAGCAUCACACAAUGGGGAUGUGAACCCCGGCUUUAGGCUUCAGGGAGGUUGCGACAGCUUCCCGCCCACACGCACUCAGUGCCGGGGUGGGGACUUCACCCCUGCUACCCUACCCUUUCCUGGCCACUGGCUCUGGAGAUGACACCCAGUGGAGUCGCAGCCAACGAUGGCGACAGUGACAGUGCUCCGGGGUCCUCACCCUUGGCUCCGCCCACCCCGUGCUCUGAGGCUCGCAUUGCUUGACUGGAAGCAGAGAGGAGGCCACGCAGCCUCUCCCCUCCCCCUAGACGCCCGCCCUGAGCCUGGCGCCUCCAGGUCGGGCUCACCAGAUGAUCGUGUGCGCCUGGGGUCAGGGGGGAGGAGCGCAGGCCUCUGUGCACUCUCCGCCUGACACUGUGAGCCGUCUGGUCACCCGGUUGCGUGCCCCUCCAACCCCGCGCCUCUAUAGACUGUCGUGUCCCAAGUUCUGCCCCCGCCGCGCCCUCGGCACAGAGCGCCCUCCCCGAGCCUGGGCGCCUGGGCGGCCUAGACCUCCCGGGCUCCGCCUCCGGGAAGCCCUCCCGGACUCCUCUCGCAGCUGGGCUCUCCGCGCCAACGGAAGUUUUAGUGAAAGGAGCUUUGGGCGCUUUUUGCGCAGUGGCUUCCCAGGGGCCGCGGUCGCCUGGGGAGGGUCCUCACCUCCAUCCGAAGCCCGGGCGGCCUCAAUGCUGCCGCCUCGUGGCCGAGCCCGGCUCAGCCCCGGGAGCUGCCGAGGCGGUGGCCUUUGCGGUCGCGCGGGGGCGGGGCGCUGCGGGCCGGGCCGCCCGCGUCCUCCGUCCCCGCCACCCCCGCCGCCUGCCCGCCGACGGUCCCCGCCGAGGCCCGCCCGGGAGGAGCGCGCCGUCCAGCGGGUGUGAAACAGGCGCAACAUCCUAAAAGUGGGGCCGGCGCGGAGCGGUUUCGCGCCGGCGGUGGGUGGAGGAGCGGGGCGGCCGGAGGCGGCGCCCGGACCCCGGAGCGCACACGCGAGUGAGCUGCGCGCACGCGUCCCCCGCGCCAUCGCUGAACUCAGUCGGACCCCUGCCCUUGGAGACCUGCUCUGCGACCGCGGUCGCCAGCACUGGUGUCCCUAGAACGGCUCUCCCCGCGUACCCGUUCUCGCCCUGGUGCUGGUCUGUGCACCUGGGCGAGGUCUGUGCCGUGGAGCCCGCGAUCCGGGUCGCUGGACAGUUGGGAUCGCCUGGGCAGAUGCAGCGCAGAGAUCCUGGGCCUAGCUUGGAACGGUGCGGGUGAGGGUUGUCGCAUCCUGCCCAGAUAGGCCUGAGGAAUCUGGGGGCUCUCAGGGGUCUGGGGCAGGAGUCUGGGUUCCGGGUGGUACCAAGCAACUUUUGCCCCCUUGGGGUUGGGCAGGGUGGAUGCCAGCUCUUGGGGCCGAGAGCUGCGUUUCAGCCCAGCUCUGUCCACCCUGACCCCACUUGCUGGGUGCCUGGGGAAGGAGCCCCCCUUCCCUCCCCAAUAUCUGUCCGCUGAGCCUGCACUGGGGGUGUCCUGCUCUGCUGCCCCCAGGCUUUGUGUUGAUGCUUCAAGGUUGUGUGUAACAGACUGAGAGAGCUGCUGAGUGGGAGCUGAGUUUGCCAGCACAGCAUGGGUGAUGUUGGGGUCACUCCCCACAGAGGGCCCCAGGGACUAUCACCUCCCCCUCCCACAGAGCACUGCCUUGAGGGGUGUCCUGCCCAGCCCAGCACAGGACAGUCAUUCCCCCACCCACCUGGCAUCUACUUGUAUCUGAAGUCUAAACCUAUGGGGAAUUUUAUCUUUCUAUUUAUUUCUAAAAUACUACAUUGAGGCCAAUUUUGUGCUUAGGAAGAAUGUGUGCUGAGUGCUGGGGGGCUGGUUGUGUAUGAGGCCAAUAAGUCGCCCUUGUUAAUAAAUCGUGCUGUUCAAAUCUGA